AUGCGUAUGGGAACACUAACCUAUAAUCGAUUUAAUUAUGUUUUUUGUUUUGUUUUGUUUUGUUUUUUACAUUAAUUUCCAUUGCAAAAAAAGGCGUUCUCGCGCAUCCUUGGAGUCAUUGAUAAAGACUACAUCAUUUGCCUCCAUAAUCCAUUAGAACGCAAAUGACCUCUUGUUCGCGUGUCAUGGCCCCCAUUUUUCAAAAGAACUGAGCAACGACUCCUUCCUGUCUUCAGAAUCACAAGUACCUGCAAGCCCACCUGUACGAUUCUUCUUCAGAAGAGGCGGUGCUUUGCCACACGUCACGAGCUGUAGAGGCGCCGCGAUUGGCAGCCCAGAGACGCGCUCGUGGGCCGGUGGGGAGCAAAGCGGAGGGGUGGGGGCGAGGGCGCGUGCUCACCAGCCUUUGUGUAUCACUUCCAAUAUCUCACGCGUCAAUAAUUGAGCGCGCGAGCAGACGGAGCCCCGCGCUAUGUGCUCAGCCGCGCGCCGACUAGACGAGGGCCUCGCUGCGUGCACCGCCGACUCGAGACGAGUUCACAGGAAAAAUACGACGGACAGAAGGAUCUAGAAACGGACAACUCACAAAUCCCAGGCAGGUUUCGGAGAAAAGACAAAAAAAGAAUAUUUAAUAAUAAUAAUAAUAAUAAUAAUAAUCAUAAAUAAAUAAAUAAAUAAAUAGAAACCCACUUGAUUUGGAAAUCCACACCUGGAGAGCGCUUCAUUUUCAGUGCGGGGGAAAAAGGUCUGGAGACAAGCUGUGACUUUGAGAGCGAGCUGAAGUAGGAGAGGCUGAGAGAAGUGGUGAGGAGACUGCAGGCUGAAGUUACAGUAAUGCUGGUGUUUGUGCUGUGCGCGCUGGCGUUAGGUUGCCUCGCGAGCGCGCAGAAUGAGACGGAGCCCAUCGUGCUGGAGGGAAAAUGUCUGGUCGUGUGCGACUCGAACCCAACUUCUGACCCCACCGGAACAGCGCUCGGGAUUUCCGUGCGCUCUGGAAGCGCUAAAGUCGCAUUCUCCGCUGUCAGGAACACCAACCACGAGCCGUCAGAGAUGAGUAAUCGGACAAUGGUCAUCUACUUUGAUCAGGUUCUCGUGAACGUCGGCAGAAGUUUCGACGAAGAGAGAAGUAAUUUCUUCGCCCCACGAAAAGGGAUUUACAGUUUUAAUUUCCACGUCGUGAAGGUUUAUAACCGUCAAACUAUCCAGGUGAGCCUCAUGCACAAUGGGUGGCCUGUGAUCUCAGCCUUUGCUGGAGACCAGGACGUGACGCGUGAGGCUGCCAGUAAUGGUGUUCUGAUUCAAAUGGAGAAAGGCGAUCGCGCCUACCUCAAGCUGGAGCGGGGCAACCUGAUGGGUGGCUGGAAGUACUCCACCUUCUCUGGUUUCCUGGUCUUCCCUCUGUAGACGAGGGGCUUUCCAUGUAGGGACUAUUGCUCUUCAGCUCACCAGCUUGUGGGACUGUGGCGAUAGAGUGAGAAAGAGAGAUGGGGAGAAGGUGUGUUUGUGUGUGACAGAUAUAUAUAUAUAUAUAUAUAUAUAUAUAUAUAUAUAUAUAUAUAUAUAUAUAUAUAUAUAUAUAUAUAUAUAAAGAAGGAAUUUGAAAAGAGAAUUAGUGUGGCUAACUCUUUGACAUGCUCGCUCCGCUGCUUGCCUACAGCUCUGGACAGCCAAAACUUUUUUAUUUUAUUAUAAUGAUUACAAUAAUUAACAAUUAACAAUAAAACUAUAGAGGCUAUUGCCUUUCUCCUCAUAUAUCUCCUUAUUUAACUUUUCAUCUGCUAUAAGGAAUGUCUAUCAUCAGACAUUUAUGGAAUGUCUGUCAUAAAACUCAAUGCACAAAAUCAUCCAGCCCCAGUAAUUAACUCACAUUGGCAAUUUCUAAAACUUAAUCCUCACCUGCAUAAAUUUGUCCUGCUUCAAAUGUCAAUCUCAGUUGUUCAAACAUAAAUCUCUAAUGCUGUUCCCUUCGGUCUUAAUGGGCACUUUAGCUCUUUUUGGCUCUGCUAUUCUCCUCAAAACAGGAGGACACAUUUCAGUCUGUUAUGCCUGAAGAUUAUCCAAACUCCUCUAAGAGACUCUUACUGUAUACUGGAUAUACACAGAUAUAUAAAAUCCUUCAAAUUUCUAUAUGAUGUACUCUAUGACUAUCUGAAUCUGAUUAAUCUGUAUUUCUGUAUUUCAGUGUUAAUAAUAGUGGUUUUGUGUGUGUGUGUGUGUGUGUGUGUGUGUGUGUAUGCGUGUGCGUGCGUGCGUGCGUGUGUGUGUAUGUGUGUGUGUGUGUGUGUGUAUGUAUGUAUGCGUGUGUGUGUGUGUGUGUGUGUGUGUGUCAUAAUGCUGCAGCCAAGCUACCAAUGCUUCUUGUUUUUGUUUCAGAAAUGUGGCUACACUUAAGCUAUAUCAGAAGUACUAUAAAGUAAUUUUAUUAUUAUUGACUGUAAGAUAUGUGUGAAUAUUAAGAAACCCUUCCUUUUACUCAUCAAUCAGUUGAUUUAAUUAUUGUUUUUUGCUUUGAUCCAAUAAAACUUAAAUGGUCAUUUUUAUUUUUCCUAACCUAA